AUCAAGUAUGAAAUAUGAUGUAUUCGAUUACAAAUUUGAAACACUGUACAAGUAGUCCAUAAUUGAAUUUGGGUUAAAGGUUAUAGCUAGACAGGGAAACGUUUUCAGCAAAAUCUUAACAAAAAAAAAAGAAAAAAGAAAAAGGAAUAGGAGUAGUGGUAGUAGAUGGGAGUAAAAGAGUUGAAAAGAACUACGACUACAUAUUUGGAUUAAUCUCCCACAGUCCCCGGUGUCUGAAUUCUGAAAACCCGGUUUGUUUUAAAAAUAAAUUAAUACUUGUACUAUAUUUUCCAGUUUCCACAACAACACUUUAGUCUCUGUAGAAGUAGUAGGGUUUUAAUCUGGGUAGCCCUAAAUUUACCCAAAAUCCUAAGGAGAACUCAAGUAUUCAACUACUCUCUCAUACUUAAAUUAUUGUUAUUCGUUGUUCAUAUUGAAUUUCCCCAAAUUGUCUGAUGCUGAAACCCUAGGUUUAGGUCUGUAAAUUCCAGUUAGGUGGAGCGGUGGAGGUGGCGGAGGCGGAGGCGGAGGCAGAGGCAGAGGCAGAGGCGGAGUCAGAGGCAGAGCAUGAAGUAGGCGGUGAAGAAGAGGAGGUUGGUGGAGAGCUGAGCCGAAGCCAUGGAAGGCGAGCAGCAUGACAUUGUGUUGGCUUGUGUUGUAUCGGGUGCCCUUUUUGCUUUUCUCGGUUCUUCAUCUUUCUCCAUUCUCUGGGCUGUCAAUUGGCGCCCUUGGCGUCUCUACAGUUUGAUCUUUGCCAGAAAAUGGCCAGAUCUCUUCAAGGGACCUCGACUUGGUAUUAUAUGUGGUGCACUCACUCUAUUUGCUUGGUUCGUUGUUGUUUCUCCUCUUUUGCUACUUGUUGCCUGGGGAUCCUGGCUUAUUCUUGUUUCCGGCCGAGAUAUUAUUGGCCUUGCUGUCAUAAUGGCUGGAACUGCUUUGCUUUUGGCUUUUUACUCCAUUAUGCUUUGGUGGAGAACGCGUUGGCAGAGCUCAAGGGCUGUCGCCUUCCUUCUUCUUUUUGCGGUUGCAUUGCUUUGUGCCUAUGAACUCUGUGCUGUGUAUUUUACAGCUGGUUCUAGAGCAUCAGAGCGAUAUUCUCCUUCUGGAUUCUUUUUUGGUGUAUCUGCUAUUGCCUUAGCAAUAAAUAUGCUCUUUAUCUGCCGAAUGCUAUUUAACGGUAAUGGUUUAGAUGUGGAUGAGUAUGUUAGGAGAGCAUAUAAAUAUGCUUAUUCUGAUUGUGUUGAGGUGGGCCCUGUGACUUGCUUGCCAGAACCACCUGAUCCAAAUGAAUUAUAUCCCCGCCAAUCUAGUAGGGUUUCACACUUGGGGACCCUCUAUUUUGGAUCACUAUCUGUGCUUCUUGUGUACUCAGUCAUGUAUGGCUUGACAGCAAAGGAGGCACGUUGGUUGGGAGCCAUUACUUCAGCUGCAGUAAUUGUCCUUGAUUGGAAUAUGGGAGCAUGCUUGUUUGGGUUCCGGCUUCUGAAAAGUCCUAUUGCUGCAUUGUUUAUCGCUGGCGCAUCUCGUGUAUUUCUUAUUUGCUUCGGCGUACAUUAUUGGUAUUUGGGACAUUGUAUAAGUUAUUUGGUUAUGGCAUCUGUGCUAUUAGGAGCCGCUGUCUGUCGUCAUCUAUUGGUUACAAAUCCGUCAGCUGAAAGAAGAGAUGCCUUACAGAGCACAGUUAUUCGUCUCAGGGAAGGAUUUCGACGAAAAGAGCAUAAUACUUCAUCAAGCUCUUCUGAAGGAUGUGGUUCAAGUAUGAAGCGCAGUAGCAGUACUGAAGCUGGCAAUCUUGGACAUGGGGUUGAAGCUAUAAACAGAAAUGGCGGAGGCGGACAUUGCAAUGGUGAAGCCAUUGGUUGGAACAAUACUACUUUACUCCGAACCACAAGCUCUCAUGAGGGCAUAAACAGUGAAAGGAGUGUGGACAGUGGAAGGCCUAGUUUGGUUUUACGCAGUAGUUCCUGUCGCUCUGUUAUUCAAGAUCCCGAUGUUGGCCCAUCCUUUGUUGAAAAGAGCUGUGAUCACAACUCCAUGGUGGGCUAUUCCAGCGGUGGCCUUGAAAGUCAAGGCUAUGAUUCAAGUACGUCAACCUCAGUGAAUUACCUUCCAGAUCUUAAUUUAGCUCUUGUACAUCAGGAAAAACUCAAUGAUCCAAGGAUUGCAGCCAUGCUUAAGAAGAGGUCAAAACAGGGUGAUCGUGAAUUGACUAACUUAUUGCAGAAUAAAGGUUUGGAUCCAAAUUUUGCAAUGAUGUUGAAGGAGAAAGGUUUGGAUCCAGAAAUCCUGGCAUUGUUGCAAAGAAGUAGUUUGGAUGCUGAUAGAGAUCACUGUGAUAACACCGACAUCACUAUCAUUGACUCCAAUAGUGUUGACAAUGCUUUACCCAACCAAAUUUCUUUGUCUGAGGAACUGCGGCUUCGGGGUUUAGAAAAAUGGUUGCAAAUAUUAAGAUUGCUUUGGCACUAUGCAGCUGGUACUCCUGAGAGGGCAUUAGCUCUUUUUAGUCUUGUCUUCAUACUAGAAACAGUGUGUGUUGCAAUUUCUCGUCCUAGAGUGAUUAAAGUUGUAAAUGCUGUUCAUCAACAGUUUGAGUUUGGAAUCUGCGUGGUUCUUCUGUCCCCUGUGAUUUGCUUGAUUAUGGCUUACCUGCGGUCUUUACAAGCAGAAGAUACAUCAAUGUCAUCUAAACCUCGAAAGUAUGGUUUCUUUGCAUGGUUGCUGAGCACUUGUGUUGGAUUGCUACUUUCCAUUUUGAGCAAAUCAUCAGUUCUUCUUGGAUUGUCCUUGACUGUACCCCUCAUGGUGGCAUGCCUUUCAAUUGCUGUUCCGUUAUGGAUUCGUAAUGGAUACAAUUUUUGGAUCCGUCCUGACAGUUCAUCUAAUCGAACUGAAAAUCAUCAAGCCCUUGGACGGACAGAGGGCAUUGCUUUUCUCGUCUGUGUAACGAUUUUUGUUGGAUCGGUGAUAUCACUCGGUAUUAUUGUUUCUUUUAAGCCAUUAGAUGAGUUGUCUUACAAAGGAUGGAAUGGUAAUGGAAAAAGCUUUGUAUCUCCUUAUGCAUCCCCUGUUUACCUUGGUUGGGCAAUGGCUUCGGCAAUUACUCUACUGGUCACGGGUGUGCUGCCAGUGAUAUCUUGGUUUGCAACUUAUCGGUUCUCUAUCUUCUCCGCAGUAUGUUUGGUUUUAUUUUCUGUUGUCCUUGUGGUAUUUUGUGGUGUGUCAUAUGCGGAGAUAAUAAAUUCAAGGGCUGAUCACAUUCCGACAAAUGGCGAUUUUCUAGCUGCUUUGCUUCCCUUGUUGUGCAUUCCAGCAAUUUUAUCGUUGUGUACUGGCCUGCACAAAUGGAAGGAUGACGAAUGGAGACUCUCUCGCAGUGUCUAUAUCUUUAUAGCUAUUGGUCUUCUUUUGUUGCUCUGUGCUAUAUCAGCUGUCAUAAUUAUUGUCAAGCCUUGGACGGUAGGGGUGUCAUUUCUUUUGGUUCUUCUAUUAAUCGUGCUGGCUAUCGGUGCCAUCCACCUUUGGGCUUCAAAUAAUUUCUAUUUGACCCGGGGACAAAUGUUCUUCGUAUGUUUUCUUGCAUUUCUUUUAGCUGUGGCAGCAUUUUUGGUUGGACGGUUAGAAGCCAAACCCUUUGUAGGAGCAUCUGUUGGGUAUUUUUCAUUCUUGUUCCUCCUUGCGGGUAGAGCACUGACUGUUCUUCUUUCACCUCCCAUUGUUGUCUAUUCUCCAAGGGUGCUUCCUGUAUAUGUAUAUGAUGCUCAUUCAGAUUGUGGAAAAAAUGUCAGUGGUGCUUUUCUGAUGCUUUACGGCAUUGCUUUAGCGACGGAAGGGUGGGGUGUUGUUGCCAGUCUUAAUAUUUAUCCGCCAUUUGCUGGUGCUGCUGUCUCAGCAGUUACUCUUGUUGUUUCGUUCGGAUUUGCCGUCUCACGCCCCUGUUUGACUCUUGAGAUGAUGGAGGAUGCUGUUCAUUUUCUUAGCAAGGAAACUAUUGUUCAGGCAAUUGCACGAUCUGCAACAAAGACUCGAAAUGCUAUCUCUGGAACUUACUCAGCACCGCAAAGGUCUGCAAGCUCAGCUGCACUCUUAGUUGGUGAUCCUACAAUUAUACGUGAUAGAGCUGGGAAUUUCGUGCUUCCAAGGGCAGAUGUCAUGAAGUUGAGAGAUCGUUUGAGAAAUGAAGAGUUGGCUGCAGGUUCUUUUUUAGCCAGAUUCAUAAGCUGUAUAAGUCUUCAGUGUGAAUCUACUGGUGAUAUGGGGCAGCGGGAGUUAUGUGCUCAUGCUCACAUUUUGGCUUUGGAAGAGGCAAUAGAUACGGAGUGGGUGUGUAUGUGGGAUAAGUUCGGUGGUUAUCUUCUUCUUUUGCUUGGUCUAACCGCAAAGGCAGAGAGGGUACAGGAUGAAGUCCGCUUGCGUCUUUUUCUUGCUAGUGUUGGAUGCUCAGAUUUAAGUGCCAAAAAAAUAAAAAAAUGGAUGCCAGAAGAUCGAAGACAGUUCGAACUUAUUCAAGAGAGCUAUCUGAGAGAGAAGGAAAUGGAAGAAGAAAUCUUUUUACAGAGACGUGAAGAAGAAGGGCGGGGCAAGGAGAGGAGGAAAGCCCUUUUGGAAAAGGAAGAGCGCAAAUGGAAGGAGAUAGAGGCUUCUCUUCUGUCUUCUAUUCCUGAUGCUGGAAGCCGGGAUGCUGCUGCAAUGGCUGCUGCAGUACGUGCUGUUGGUGGAGAUUCUGCACUCGACAACUCUUUUGCACGAGAUAGGGUGUCAAAUAUUGCACAUCGCAUACGUGCAGCUCAAUUAUCACGUAGGGCGCUCCAGACUGGAGUUCCUGGUGCUGUCUGUGUUCUUGAUGAUGAGCCUAGAGCAAGUGGCAGGCACUGUGGACUGGUAGAUCCAAGUGUGUGCCAGAGUCAGAAGGUUACCUUGUCGGUUGUGGUGAUGAUACAACCUGAUUCUGGGCCAGUUUGUCUAUUAGGUACUGAAUUUCAGAAGAAAUUCUGCUGGGAAUUCCUGGUGGCGGGUUCUGAACAAGGCAUUGAAGCAGGUCAAGUUGGUCUUAGAUUAAUUACAAAAGGUGACAGGCAAAAUGCAGUUGCGAAAGAAUGGAGCAUCAGUGGGACAUGUAUUGCAGAUGGAAGGUGGCAUUUGGUAACAAUGACGAUUGAUGCUGACCUUGGUGAAGCAACAUGCUUUGUUGAUGGUGGUUUUGAUGGUUUCUUGAAUGAAUUACCUCUUCAAGUGCUGAAUGGUAUUUGGCAACAAGGAACAGAAGUUUGGAUUGGUGUUAGACCGCCUACUGGUGUGGACACGUUUGGUAGGUCUGAUAGUGAAGGAGCUGAGUCCAAAAUGCAUGUAAUGGAUGUUUUUCUUUGGGGAAGGUGCUUGAGUGAAGAGGAGAUUUCCACUCUUCAUGCAAAUGUGGGUGCACCUAACUACAAUAUGGUCGAUCAUCUCGAUGAUAAUUGGCAAUGGGAAGAUUCGCCUUCAAGGGUUGAUGAGUGGGAUAGUGACCCGGCAGACGUAGAUCUGUAUGAUAGGGAUGAUGUAGAUUUUGAUGGACAAUAUUCUAGUGGGAGAAAACGGAGAUCUGGGCGUGAAAGUGUUGUGUUUGAUGCGGAUUCGUUCUCGAGAAAAUUGAGAAGACCAAAGAUGGAAACUGAGCAGGAGCUAAAUCAGCGAAUGCUGUCAGUUGAAAUGGCUGUUAAAGAGGCUGUUUCUGCCAGAGGUGAAAAACAUUUUACUGACCAAGAAUUUCCCCCAAAUUACCAGUCAUUGUUUGUGGAUCCAGAAAAACCUCCUCCUAAGUUGCAGGUUGUUUCCGAAUGGAUGAGGCCAAUGGAUAUAGUGAAACAAAUUCGAGCAGAUUCUUGUCCAUGCUUAUUUUCUGGUCCAGCAAAUCCAUCUGAUGUUUGCCAGGGGCACUUAGGCGAUUGUUGGUUUUUGAGUGCUGUUGCUGUUCUAGCUGAAGUCUCUCGAAUCUCCGAAGUGAUUAUCACUCCAGAAUAUAAUGAGGAAGGAAUAUACACUGUUCGCUUCUGUAUUCAGGGUGAAUGGGUGCCUGUUAUUGUUGAUGAUUGGAUUCCAUGUGAAGCGCCUGGAAAACCAGCAUUUGCUACGAGUCGCAAGGGAAAUGAACUCUGGGUUACGGUGUUGGAGAAGGCAUAUGCCAAGUUGCAUGGUUCCUAUGAGGCAUUAGAAGGUGGACUUGUCCAGGAUGCUCUAGUAGACCUCACUGGGGGAGCUGGUGAAGAAAUUGAUAUGAGGAGUCCACAGGCACAGAUUGAUCUUGCAAGUGGGAGAUUAUGGUCUCAAUUAUUGCGCUUUAAACAAGAAGGUUUCUUACUAGGUGCUGGGAGCCCAUCUGGUACUGAUGUGCAUGUCUCUUCUAGUGGCAUUGUGCAGGGGCAUGCCUACUCAAUAUUGCAGGUUAGAGACGUAGAUAAUCACAAGCUUGUUCAGAUACGCAAUCCAUGGGCAAAUGAGGUUGAAUGGAAUGGACCUUGGUCGGAUUCUUCACCAGAGUGGACAGAUAGGAUGAAGCAUAAACUCAAGCAUGUUCCUCAGUCCAAAGAGGGUAUAUUCUGGAUGUCCUGGCAAGACUUUCAGAUCCAUUUUCGGUCUAUAUAUGUCUGCCGCGUAUACCCCCCUGAGAUGCGCUAUUCUGUCCAUGGGCAAUGGCGAGGAUAUAGUGCUGGUGGCUGUCAAGAUUAUGAUACAUGGAAUCAAAAUCCCCAGUUCCGCUUGAGGGCGGUUGGAGCAGAUGCAUCGGUUCCAAUACACGUCUUUAUUACUCUAACCCAGGGAGUGAGUUUCUCUCGAACCGCCACUGGUUUCAGGAACUAUCAAUCAAGUCAUAAUUCAACAAUGUUCUAUAUAGGAAUGAGAAUACUCAAAACUCGUGGCCGACGGGCAGCUUUUAAUAUUUACUUGCAUGAAUCUGUUGGAGGGACUGAUUAUGUUAAUUCCCGAGAAAUAUCGUGUGAAAUGGUUUUGGAUCCAGAUCCUAAAGGCUAUACUAUAGUGCCUACAACCUUUGCCCCUGGAGAAGAAGCACCAUUUGUUCUCUCUGUUUUUACAAAAGCAUCAAUAACAUUGGAACCUUUAUAGUCUCGUCUAGCAUGUCUAUACAUGCAUUUUUGGUUGGCCUCUGACCUCCCUGCUGAGCUUUGAUAAAGGUUGUCCCUAGCCUAUGCAUAAUGAGCAGGCUGUUUGAUUGAAUUACGGGGCUGUGCGGAUAAACAUGAUCCAGGAUCAGACAUUGUGCUUAGCAUCAGCUAUUAUGGUUGUAUGUGGAUGAGGUAAAUGAUCAGCAAUUGCCAAGAUGCAAUCUACCAUCCUUGGGUUGCUCAUACUGCAAGUUACUGCUGUUGCUAGUACUGGGGGAACUCUCAGAGAAUUACUGUGUACAUCAAUUUCUUGUAAAUGACGCGAGAAGAGUAAAUAGAUAGGCAGGAGAAAUUGUAAGUAGAAAAAAAAAAAAAAAGAAAAAAACAUCAAAUGUAUUGUCGCUUUAGGGAGCUUUAGCAUGCUCAUAACUCAAGCUCAUUCAUUGUUUAUAGUUUAUAGUCAAUCAGCUACAUGUCUGAUGCUAAUUCAUUGUCCAUAGCCAAUUUUGUACAGAUUUCAAUCAUUUCAUUAUUUGAUCGAUAAUGUAACCUCUUUUUUCCUACACAUGUGAGCUAAUCGAUAAUAUAACAUGCUCGUUUAACA